CCAAGAUACAGGAUGGCAGAAUCAGCCCUUUUUCUUUCAACAAAGAGGGUUGCAGUUGUUACAGGAGCGAACAAGGGGAUAGGAUUAGAGAUAUGUAGGCAAUUAGCUUCCAAAGGGGUGAUAGUGGUUUUAACUGCUAGAGACCAAAAAAAGGGCAUUGAAGCUGUUCAAAGUCUCAAGGCCACGGCUCCUUGUGAUAAUGUCAUUUUUCAUCAGCUUGAUGUGGCGGACCCAUCAAGUAUAGCUUCCCUGUCAGACUUUAUCAAGACCCGAUUUGGGAAGCUUGACAUAUUGGUAAACAAUGCAGCUGUUCUUGGUGUUAAAGUGGAUAGCAAUGCUCUUGAUUCUUUGGCUGAUCACCCAGGAGGAUACAUUAAUUGGAAUGAGGUUUCGACUCAAGCUCAUGAUUUGGCGGAAGAAUGCUUAAAAACAAACUACUACGGACCAAAAAGCACAACUGAAGCAUUUGCCCCCCUUCUCAAAUUGUCUGAUUCAGGAAGAGUUGUUAACGUUUCCUCCUCAUCUGGGAAGCUAAAGUUCAUAGCGAAUAAUUGGGCUCAAACAACACUAAGCGAUGCAGAUUGCCUUACUGAAGACAGGAUUGAUGAAGUACUGAAUGAGUUUCUGAAAGAUUUCAAAGAGGGUUUUCUGAAUGCCAAAGGCUGGCCUUCUUUUCUGUCUGCUUAUACAUUAUCAAAAGCUGCCUUAAAUGCCUACACGAGGAUUGUGGCUAAGAAGUAUCCUGAGUGGAUGAUCAACUGUGUCUGCCCAGGCUAUGUUAAAACUGAUAUGAAUUACCAUAGAGGCGUCUUAUCCUCAGAAGAAGGUGCAGAAAGUCCCGUAUGGCUGGCCCUGUUGCCCCCCGGGGAAAAGCCAUCGGGAUUGUUCUUCUCCCAGAAAAUUGUCUCACCUUUCUAGCGACUCAAAGACUGUUUACGUAAUAAUUAUGGCUUUAGCAGACUUCUCUUGACUUUGCCUGUAGGAAGGAUACGGGACCAAUUUGUAAACCUUUCUGUCUGAUUUAUGAUGAGACAUGGCCACUAAUUACUGAUAAAGACAAGUAUCUUCCGCAGAUAAAAUGCGUGGUGCAGAAAUGGGCAGUUUAAGCCAAAGAUUUUUACUGGACAAGAAUCUUCAGGAUAUGCAAGAAUAACAAUCCAAUUUCCUCUGGGGUGGGCUCUGAGUUUGCUUCAGCACAUUUCCGGACUGAUAUUUAUAUGUCACUCUCAGUUUGCAUU